CCCGUGCUCAGCCACGGAUUCGGAGUCGCGUCUGAGCCGAGGAUCACGAAUAUUUGUUGUCGACAGUCGUUUGCCGAAAUGACAAAAUUACAGGUUCUAAAUGCCUAUUUUACUGAGCGUUUAAUGGUUGCUGUACAUGAGAUCAUGAACGUGGUGGGAGAAACGUUGUUCGAGUACCAGGACGAAACCGAACGGACAAAGCGAGAGAACGAGAUUCUGAGACGGAGGUUGCGAGAUGUUGGGCUCGACGCGGAAGCUGGUUUUCCACAGUCCGCUCCUCUCCUCUCUGCGGACAGGGCCGUCUCUGAGCAACAGGAGUGGAGCUCCAGAGAGCAGGACCCAGACCCCCCACUGACUGCAGUAAAGCUGGAGUUCACCGAGCCGCAGAGGAACAGACGGGAGGAAGAGGAGGACCACAGGCAGGAGGAAGAGCUGCACUGUGCACCGGAGUCUGGCACAGACGGGUCAGUAAUCCCGUCUCCGUGUUCCAAGCGGGAAUGCGAUCUGGACUCCCUAAACCAGCCAACAUUCCCGUCUCCGUGCGGGAAACAGGGCAGCCAGCAGGACUCUGACAACCACCCGGAUGUUAUACUGCACAUUGGGAAUACCGAGGAACAGGAACUUGUACCCAACGUCACACAUUAUCCGGUUAAAACGGAGACUGGUGGAGUUGACUGCGACAUAUCGGAUCAUCCCGCUGAGUCGCUGUUCCUUGAUGUUUUACCGACUCAAAGUGAAAACGGUGGACGGGUAAAUGGGCGUAUAAGUAGUCGAGCGAUGCUGGUGUCUACGGAACAGCGUUCCACGGAAAAACAAAGUGUCCUCCAAGGAGAGAGCUCGCUUUCCUGUGUUUACUGUGGGAAGGUUUUCAUUCAUGUAUCCAGGUUAAAGUCACACCUGAAGACUCACACCGAUGAGUUUUCCUUUCGCUGCAGCGUUUGCACGAAGUCUUUCCGCCAGGCGCGACUGUUAUCGGCACAUCAGCGAGUGCACACCGCGAACAAACCGUACUGCUGCAACAUUUGUGGCAAGAGUUUUCAUUAUUUAGCCAAAUUUAAGGAACACCAACGAAUCCACACGGGGGAGAGACCGUACCGCUGUAGUUUCUGCGGUAAAUAUUUCAGUCAGUCAGGACAUUUGAAAGCACACGUGAGAAUUCACACGGGAGAGAAGCCCUACAGAUGCCCCGUGUGUGGAUCCUGCUUUUCCCAGUUAAGUCAGAUUAAGAGACAUUUGGUAACUCACGCGCAGGACGUGUCAGUCGUAAAUAGCAGCCCGUGAGCGGGUUUAGCUGUUGUACGCUGUAUUGCACAGAAUCCCGUUAAUUAUUUAAAGUAAUUGGACUUGAGCUGUUUGUGUGGAAUAAUGCACUCUCAAAAUCGGGGUACUGUAUAACAAUGGCUGUAAUUCCUACACGAAUCACCCAAUAUGGAUGUAAAUACCCUCAGAUUAAAUCUUGACAGUCUGCACCUUAA